AUGGCAGACCCUUUUGAAGUGCGCAUGCGCUUCACUUCACAACUGCAGCAUCUGAACGCUAGCACCACUUCUGCUACAAAAGCUGCGAACUACGCCCUCAAAUAUGCCGACUACGCCGAUGACUUGCACUCGUGCAUCCUCGAACAGCUCGAACGCAAUAACAUGAACAAUCGCGCAAAUAUCAUGUACUUCCUGCCAGCAUUAUGCGAUACCGCAAAGGCUGCUUCUCAGACUGGUGGGCUGAAUGCAAGCGGGAUCCAGUAUGUGCGAAUGAUGGAGCGAGACAUACUUCGAAUUAUCGAUCUGGUAGCACCAGACGAUGGAAGCGGAGCAGCGAACGUGAAGGUCGUGAGGAAAGUCAUCAAUACACUCAUGGGAGGUGGUUUCUUGCAAGAGCAGACAGUACGGGAACUGGAGGAGUGCAUCCAAGGUCGAGACAACUUGCCAGGCGGAAUCAGCAGCCCCGCGCACGCAGCAGAUGAUGCAAGACGAGAUGGCGGUGCUUCUACUGUGCGAUCUACUCCGCAUUCCGUAGCGCGAGAACCGGGCGCGCUUUAUACUUCUGGCAUAAGGUUGGACAAAAGACAGAUUGAACAACGAAUAGAGGAAGAUCGCGAGCGACACAAGAGGGCGAGGGAGAACAUAUGGGCGAUACCACAACCGAGCGCAAAUCUGUCGCAUGACGCCGAGUUUGAGAAGUUGUGGGAGGAGGGAAGCGAUGUGGAUAGCGACGACUAUCGUAUGGCGAAAGAAGAGGCAGAGGAGAGGAGGAAACAUCUGGAGUAUGAUGACUAUUGA